AUGACAUCCUCAAAUCCACCACAAGACAAAAUGAUCUUCAAAUGCGAUAAACAAGCUGCAAUUGUUUCUGAUAAACUCCUCAGUUUCUACAAAGAAAACGAAUUAUUCGACACGGUACUGAUUGCUGGAAGUGAUUGCGUUAAUAUCCAAGCUCAUAGAGUCGUCUUGUGUGCAUUUAGUGAGUAUUUCUUAGAAAAGUUUCGUACAACUUUACAGCCAAAUAAUAAUAUAAUCCAACUCAAAGAGAUCGAGGCAUCUACUUUGAAAUUGAUAAUAGAUUUUAUGUACACGGGUUCUAUUGAAUUGAGUCUCGCUAAUAUCGAUGAACUCUUGAGAAUUGUGUCGUUUUUGAAAAUAAAAACAUUGAUUGAAGGUUGUUGUGAGUUGAUUGAACAAAACAUAAGUUCAAGCAACUCGUUGGGAUACCUUCGAUUAGCUAAUGAAUUGAGCCUGCCGACACUGAAAGCCAAGUCGCUAGAAUGUAUUUAUACUCAUUUUGAGCAGAUUUCAAAGGAAAAGGAAAUUCUGAUGCUUAGUAAAGAUGAAUUAAAGGAUUUACUCUUUAAUGACAAUCCUUAUGGGGAUUUUGAAGAAAGUGUCUUUUUGUCCAUGGUGGCUUGGAUAAAUUAUGACAAAUUAAAUCGGACUCAAGUAACUUUUGAGCUUCUAUCAAUGAUUCGUUUUUGGGUUUUAACACCCAAAUUUAUUGUGGAAAAUAGAAAGCCGGUUUGUAAAACUUUGGAAAGCUACGAGUUGAUUUGCAGUUGGCUCCAAUGGCAUUUGUCCCCCGAGACACGUUCAAAUGAUCAACCGAAUUAUGCUUCGAUUCCAAGGACGAGGACUGAGAAGCUUGCAGUAGUAGGAGUCAUAGAAAGAGAAGAAAUUUGUAUUCAAACUUUCAAUUCCAAAGAAAAUUCAUGGUCCAUCAAAAUGAAAACACCUUUACUUUUAGAAAAAGACUUAUGUGCAACGAUUGUAAUUGAUAAUAAACUGCUUGUUGUUGGAGGAUACCAUAAUGAUGAAUUGACAAAUAAAGUGCAAUGUUUAGAAAUGGGCACAAAGGAUUGGGUUGAUUUUCCCCCUAUGAAAACACCUCGACUUGAGUGUCAGUUAGCAGAUUUAAAUGGACAUUUAUGUGUUUAUGGUUUUGAUAACAAUAACAUGCCAUGUAUGGAAAUCUAUAAUUUUUCAACAUGCAAAUGGAAUGAUCUACAACCAAUAUCUCAACCAAGUGUAGCAAGCAGAAUAACUGGGCACAAUGGGAAAUUAUACAUUCUCGAUUUUAAUAAAGGCUUUUUGUAA